AAUCUCUUUUCGCCGAUCGCUGUGAUGCAAUUUGCCGUUUAUUUAAUAAAUUCCGCUGGUGAAAGUUAAAAUUGAAGGCGAGAUAGUAAAUUAAAUAUUUCUGUAUCAAAGUUAUAUAGCCUAGUGUGAAUUUGUUUUCAAAACUAAAGUGCAAAGUGUGAAAAACCGAAUAGUGAUUGACAAUGGAGCAAUCGAUAAGAGAAAGAGAUCCAUAAAGUAAAGAAGUAUUAAAAUCAGCCGAUUAUAUGUUUACCGGCUGCUGGGUGUGUGUUAACGAAGUUCCUAACAACGGCACACCAUUACACCGCUGAUAGUGCCGCAGCACCUAACCUCGAAAGCGCAUUCGGGCGUAACCGAGCAAUGAUUGAGAGUGUAUGAGCACAUAUUAAAUUUCUAAAAAAUACGUUAAAGUGCUUAGAUAAAAUGCAGUGUCUAAUUCCGAAAUGGUCAGAUGUUCGCGUGCUUCCCUUCCGAAUGACUACCUCGCAAAAGGUUGUUUUCUUCUCGCUCACCGCUGGUGUAGCUUUAAUUGGCGUGCUUGCGCGUUUUCUGCGACGCCGAAAACCACCACGUCCGCCCCGUCGAACACGAAAAUAUACAGGGCGUCGCGCGCGAAACAGCAUGCGCAGCCCCAAUGACAUGAUAUCUAUAGCUGGCUCUAAAGCAUCUGCACGCUCGGGGAGUCCACCUGGCUCUACUGUUGCCUACUCGGAUCGUAUGUCCAUGGCAUCAGGAUCUGUAGGCGGUGGCGCACUCGUGUCCGCUUCACAAAGUCAAACAGGCGCAAUUAUUAUACACUUGACCGCCCAACAGUUAGGUGUGAUGGGUAUGGAAGCAUUAGAUACAGUUAUUAAUUAUUGGGAAGAUGCGUUGGCUGCACACAACUCACCAGGCGGUGUGCCCGCUUUGCUAACGACGGCUGAGGAGUCUGAGUUUUGUCGGGAAAUACAGAAUUUGCUAGAUAUGGCCUACACAUUGCAGGAGCAAAGUGAACUACUAUUCUUGGACCAGCGUUCAGUACUGUUUCGUGAUGAGCCAUCUAUAGAUGAAUUAGAAGAAGAUGGUAUGGGUCAUGCGCUGGAGAAUGGUAUCGACGAAGAUAAACAUUCGCACAGGUCGAUAAUGAGCCGAACGGGCUCUGAUCCCAAUUUUGAUUCUGCCGAAAGUUUUGCAUCAGCGCUAGAUCAGGUGGCUGAUAUGCGUGAUUUCGAGGAAUUUGUUGAAACAUCUUACGAACAAUACCCUUUGUACAAUGCCGCCCUAAAACAUCAUGAAGAAACGCCUAUUCCCUACCGCACUAUACGGGCGGAUUUGGUGCACUGUUCUAGUGAUACAGAAUAUUUGGUUAAACUGCAUUGUGUGCGCUUGGCAUUUCAAUAUUUGUUCAAAGACCCCACUAUCGGGCAAUGGGUUUGCGAUACCGGACGUCAAAUACUUACGGAUCUACUCUGCCUAGGCGAUAAGGAUACCAAGGAGUUUCUUGUAGGCUACGAGGAUAUGAUCACCUAUUUGCAGAAUCCCAAUAAUUGGGACGAAAUACAGAAAGAGUUGGAGGCUCGUAAUGUGAAAGCGAUGACUUUUUAUGAUAUCUGUUUGGAUUUCAUUGUGUUGGACUCAUUCCGUGAUUUAGAUGCGCCGCCUGCAAGCGUGACAGCGGUCGUACAAAACCGAUUUCUUUCAAAUGGAUUUAAAGAAAUGGCUCUAAGUACAGCUGUAUGGUCUGUUCUAAAAGCGAAGCAACAUGGACUCAAAUAUCCGAAUGGCUUUAUGGCUCACUUCUAUAACAUCUCAGAGCAAUUAUCACCACUAAUGGCCUGGGGUUUCUUUGGACCCGAUGAAAAUUUGCGAGAUAUAUGUCAUUAUUUUCGUGACCAGAUGCUCGGGUUCCUGGCGGAUAUUUUUAGUUUUCAAACAAGUCGUUACACAACUGUCGAAGAGUUUGCCGAAGAUAUACUGCAGCAUAUGAAGACACGUGUGAACAAUAUUGGUGCGAAAUUUUGUCAAUAGAAGUGCGAAGCUGUAAUUUAUGUAGUUUAGAAUUUAAUUUUAAAAUUUAAUUUUUUUCAAGGCUACUGCAAGCAUAAUGUCAAGCGGAGCUAGGGCAACAAUUUAUUGCAUACAUAAUUUUCUUUUCUCUAUGAAGUAAUUCAUAUUUUUAUUAUUAUUGAACCACUUUUAUUAUUCCACUUGUUAGAGAGCGUAGAUGCUCACUGUGCAUGAAAUGUGCUUAAACAAGAAAAGUGAAGAGCUUCUACCACCACUUUAGUGUGUUCUUCACUUUUUAGUAUGUAUGUAGUAAGAGCAAAUAUACAUAAAGUAUAUGUAAAGUA